AUGAGCAUCUUCUCUUCUUUUAUUAUUGACCCUGUGGUCCGCCAUGCACGGCGAUUUUCUGGUGUCUGGCCUGCCGAAGCGAGCCAUGACGACGCGCAACCUCUAGCAUGUGACAGUCACGACUCCGCAAGCCAGCCAUCACCAGAUAACCAUCCGACCGGUGGUGGGGAGGCCGCCUCUCCCACGACCGAAGAUGGCGAAAGGUCUGGAAGCACAGAUGCCAGAUCAUCAGCUUGGAUAGACGAAGUUCGAGACGAUUCAUCCUUCAGCCGGCGAGCGGGCGAUGUGGCGGUGGAUGAAGAAGAGGGCGAUGACGUUCUGCCGAAUCCAGCGCUCACGGAACCACGAAGCAUCCCCGUUGAUAUGUCUUCAAACCCAUUGUACACAUCCGCCCAUCAGCCUCGUCGCGUGGACGUGGACCCUUCGCUCCUGAGUGGCCCUGCAACAUCCUCGAUCCACGGCUCAACAAGGCCAACAUCCGACGGCCAGCAUGUGGGCGUCACGGCCGUCAUGUCUGAAUCCCUACCCGCAGACGAUGGCAUGGCCCAUCUCCGCACGCGCAUCCACGAAAUCAGAGACCUCCAAGUCAGUGAUCAAGAGCGAGCUCGCUUGAUCCAUGGUCUGAUGACGGAGCGAUACCGCAUCAUGCGGCCGACAUCUCCAAGCAGUUUCGUAUCAAACGACCGCCCCGUGACACCGACUGAUGGCGGAGCAUCCGUCUUCUCUGAAAUCCACACAUCCUCGCCAUACUCGUCCGCAUCUGAUGUGGACCCCGAGAAUCCGUACAGCCUUCGUGAAGGCGACAGCAAUCCAACCUAUCGACCCAACACUCAACACAGCGCCGACCACGGCGACGAAGAUGAGGACGAAGUGGCAGAAGGAGAGAUGGUCCUAGGCUGCCAGCACUACAAGCGGAACGUGAAGGUGCAAUGUUACCAAUGUAAGCACUGGUACACGUGUCGGCAUUGCCAUGACGCAGUCGAGGACCAUAACCUGAACCGCAAGAGGACGCAGAAUAUGUUGUGCAUGGCAUGUGGGACACCUCAAGAAGCAUCCGAGUACUGCAAAAGCUGUGAGAUAGCGGCAGCGUGCUACUAUUGCGACAUCUGCAAGCUCUGGGACAACGAUAGCCGGAAGAAGAUUUACCACUGCCCCGAUUGCGGAAUUUGCAGAAGAGGGGAGGGCCUGGGGAAAGACUUCUAUCAUUGCAAGGUAUGGUCGUCUUCGACAUGUGACAAGCAAGCACUGACACUGAUGUAG